GUUGUAUGUUUAUAUUUUCUUGUUUUCAUUGAAGUUCAAAAACGCGAUCAAAAACCUUCUGAAAUCUAAACUUAUCUAUUUUGAAAUGUUUUGAUGAAAACAGAGAAUUGAAAUAAAUCAUGUCCGGACGUGGUUCAGCUGAUGAACAAAGUGAAGAUGGUGAAUUACAACAAAGUCCAAUAGAUCCCAAACGUAAGCAAGAAGAGGAAACUAUGGAUUUCAGUCUGUCUGAAGAAGAUGCCGAAAACGAUGAAUCUUUGGAUAUAAAACCUCCACAAGCAAGAUCAACCACACAAUCAUCAAGACCUAAAAAAAAAGGGCAUGAGAGACGUGGAAGAAGUGAUCGGCACAGAGAAGAGAGACAUUCUCAUAGAGAAAAACGCCAUAGAGAAAAAUCUGGGAGAAGCAAAGAUCCUUAUAAAAGGGAAAAAGAAAGAUAUUAUAGAGAAAAACAUUUUGAGCAACUGAAUUUUGAGGGUUCAUUUGAGAAAGGUCAUAGAGAGAGGAAAGAUGAACAGCCUAGAAGCAAACGAUCAGAAUCACAUAAACAUGAAACUAAAAUAACAAAAGAAAUGAGGGAUCCUAGAUACAGCAGAGAUACUGAUAAGCAUAAGCAUGAUCAGUAUGAAGAAGCAAAACGUAAUAAAGCUGACAAAGCUCUACAUGAUUUGAGAGAAAGAUUACUCAGCAAGAGAUCUAAUAAAGGGGAUGAAGAAGGCCAUGGCAAAAGUAGGAGUAGCCUGCAUAAGGAUAGGAAGCACAAGGGUCAUGAUGACCUAUUACAUGGUGAGGCAGGGAUGUUGGUGAAGGAGAUUAUCAAUAUCACUACUGAGGAAAAGAGGCAUAGGAAAGACAGAGAAGAGGAUAAGUUGACUGAAGAAGAUAAAGCUGAGCAGGAUCACAGAAGAGAAAAACUGCUGGAAGCAGAAAGGGAGAUGGAGAGAUUGAAAGAACAAUCCCGCGUCGAACGGCAGCGCCGGCACCUGGAGAAGGCCUCGAAGCGCAAAACGGCCGAAGAAGACGCCAACGCGAAACGCGUCAAAGCCGAUGAGCCGCCCGUCGUCACAGUUUCUGAUAAUUCGGACGUCGAGACGGAUGAGGUGUUCGAGCCGAACACGUACGAGAGCGACAGGAGUCCGGGGGGUGCGGAGCGGGCCAGCUUCAGCGAGCGGUCGGCGGCCAGCUCCGCCUCCGAGGCGGAGCACAGCCCGUACUCGGAGAGGCGGUCGAGAACGCGCAGCCGCAGCCGGAGCAGGAGCGCCAGUGGCAGCAGGAGCGGCAGCGAAAGGUCAAGGUCAGAGUCGCCGAGCAGGGAUGAUGACGAGGAAAUGAUGAGAGAAGACAAAGACAGCGAUAAGAAGGAUGGUGACAAGCCGAAACCAAAAGUCGACGAGAGUUUGCCCCCAUAUUAUCCUGCUGUCCAGGGGUGCCGUUCCGUCGAAGAAUUCCAAUGCCUGAACAGGAUUGAAGAGGGUACCUACGGCGUGGUGUACCGGGCGAGAGACAAGCGCACCGAGGACAUCGUCGCCCUGAAGCGGCUCAAGAUGGAGAAGGAGAAGGAGGGCUUCCCGAUCACGUCGCUAAGAGAGAUCAACACGCUGCUGAAAGGCCAACACCCCAACAUCGUGACCGUGCGGGAGAUUGUGGUCGGCAGCAACAUGGACAAGAUAUUCAUAGUGAUGGACUACGUCGAGCACGACCUGAAGAGCCUGAUGGAGACCAUGCGGCACAAGAAGCAGCACUUUAUGCCCGGCGAGAUCAAGUGCCUGCUUCGCCAGCUGCUGCGCGCUGUUGCUCACCUGCAUGAUAACUGGAUCCUGCACCGGGACCUGAAGACCUCGAACCUGCUCUUGUCCCAUAAGGGCAUACUCAAGGUGGGCGAUUUCGGUCUGGCGCGGGAGUACGGCUCGCCGUUGAAGGGCUACACGCCGAUCGUCGUCACGCUGUGGUACCGCGCGCCCGAGCUGCUGCUCUGCGCCAAGGAGUACUCCACGCCCAUCGACUUGUGGUCGGUGGGGUGCAUCUUCGCGGAACUGGUGCAGAUGAACGCGCUUUUCCCUGGGAAGUCCGAGGUCGAUCAGCUCAAUAGGAUAUUCAAGGAUUUGGGUACGCCUAGCGAAAAAAUUUGGCCGGGCUUCAAUCAGCUGCCGGCCGUCAAGAAAAUGAAGUUCAACGAAUACCCCAUCUCCAACCUGCGCGGCAAGUUCAACACUCUGAGCGAGAUCGGUCUGGGCAUGCUCAUCAAGUUCUUAACCUACGACCCUGCUCAAAGGGUCACAGCUGAAAAGGCCAUGGAACACGGGUAUUUCACAGAGCCCCCGUUACCGAUCGAUCCUGCCAUGUUCCCCACGUGGCCUGCAAAGAGCGAACUGGGACAGAAAAGGGCGCUAGCUGCCAGUCCCAAACCGCCUUCUGGUGGAGGAGAAUACAAGAAACUGGGUAAAGAUGGUGAUGAAGAUGGAUAUGGAUUCCGGAUAGGUAUGGGGGUGGAUAGAGGAAGAGGUGGUCCAGGAUUUAGCCUGAAAUUCUAAUUCAUUUUUUGUGAGGAGCAGCAUUUCUAUCAAUAGUACUUUAUAUAGGUAUGUACUAUGCUCUAUACUGAAUAUAUUGUUAUGCCGAUUAUUUUUUGUAACACUCGUGUAGAUAUAAAAACUCGUAUAAGAAGUAUAGGCAAUUCAAUGUCGUAUCAUAGAUUAAACAUAUCUUGCUUAUUAUGUCAAAAUAUUUAUAGAUAG